ACUGCGCGGGACUACGCAAAAGUCGAAACGCAUGGACAGAAAGUCAUAUGCUGACUGCCGGAACGCAAGGAAUCGAACUCAGCUGGAUCGUCACAAACCGCAUGGUACCUGCGAUGGCUGACGAAACGAGAGAAGUGUUACUGAAUCGCAUAAAAGAACAAGGCGAGAUCGUGCGGCAGUUGAAAGCUGCCAAAGCUAACAAUACGCAGGAAUGCAGAGCACAAUCUGAUAUAAAUGUUGAUUUAGAAAGCUUAAACAAUGAUUUUGCGGAUAUCAGCUAUGCGUGUGGUUGGUAUCCAACAUCUAUAGAUACUGAAUUAUUUGAUACUUGUGCUAUCCUUAAUGAUGAGCUUGCAAAAUGGUCUCAUCUGAAUAGAUGGUACAUUAACAUCAAAAGCUUUACUCAUGAAGAGCGUCUAGCAUUUCCUGUUGUGGAAACACCGCUCACUUCCCUGGCAGAAAAGACCAAACGCUUAAAAAGUACUUGCUACAUUGGCCAAAAUGUACUAGAUAAAAAGAUAGCGGAGGAAGUCGCUAAGUUAUUGGAUCUGAAAGCACAGUUAGGUGAGGAAAAUGGUUGUCCUAACAAGCUCAUCCUUAAAACGCCUAAAGGUACAAGAGAUUACAGCCCAGAGCACAUGGUACUACGAAUGGGAGUUUUGGAAAAGAUAAUCGCAGUGUUCAAGCGCCACGGCGCAGAGACAAUAGAUACUCCUGUAUUCGAGUUGAAGGAUGUUUUGACUGGCAAAUAUGGUGAAGAUUCUAAGCUCAUCUAUGACCUAAAAGAUCAAGGUGGGGAAAUUCUCGCUCUUAGGUACGAUUUAACAGUUCCUUUCGCAAGAUAUCUGGCAAUGAGCAAAGUGGCUUCCAUGAAAAGGUAUCACAUCGGAAAGGUCUAUCGAAGAGAUAACCCGUCCACAACAAAAGGCAGAUACAGAGAGUUUUAUCAAUGUGAUUUUGAUAUCGCUGGCCAAUAUGAUCCAAUGAUACCGGACGUGGAAUGUAUUCGGGUCGUGACAGAAGCGUUGGAGACUUUAGACUUGGGACCGUAUAUCAUUAAAUUGAAUCACAGGUGCAUCUUAGAUGGCAUAUUCGCGGCUUGCGGCAUACCACCGAGUAAAUUCCGCAGUAUUUGCUCUGCUGUAGACAAGUUGGAUAAAAACUCUUGGGAAGAAGUGAAGAAAGAGAUAAUUGAAGAGAAAGGAUUGGACGAGCAUAUCGCCGACAAAGUCGGUAAAUAUGUCUCUCAAUCUGGCGGAAUGGAGCUGGUAGCUGAGUUAAAAAAGGACAAGGACUUGAUGAAGCAAGCUGCUGCUGUGCAAGGCUUAGAUUCCAUGGAAUUAUUAUUGAAGUACUGUGAUUUAUAUAAAAUCUUGGACAAAGUAAAGUUCGACUUGAGUCUCGCGAGAGGUCUCGACUACUACACAGGUGUUAUUUAUGAGGCUGUGUUGUGCGGAGACGACAUUGGUGUUGGUAGCAUAGCGGGCGGUGGUCGCUACGACAACUUAGUCGGCAUGUUUGACAAUAAAAGUAAAAAUGUACCUUGCGUCGGUGUAUCGCUGGGUGUAGAACGUAUAUUCAGUAUCUUGGAGGCGAAACUGGCCGACAAAGGUUUGAAGAUGCGUUCUAUCGAGACUGAGGUAUUUGUGGCCAGCGCGCAAAAAAAUAUGCAUGAAGAGAGGAUGAAGAUAUUGGCGGAUCUGUGGGAAGGUGGCGUGAAAGCAGAGCAUUCUUACAAAAAGAACGCGAAGCUACUGGCGCAACUGCAAUUCUGCGAAGAAAACGGUAUACCACUGGCAAUAAUUGUCGGUGAAGGCGAAUUAGCGAAGGGUGAAGUUACAUUGAGAAUCGUUUCGACGCGAAAAGAGACUCGUGUGCCGCGCAACAACCUCAUCGAGGAAGUACGGAAGCUGCUAGAGACAUUAUAACAUCGUAGAUCAUAAUAACUCACAAUCUCAAGAGAAUUGCGUCAGUACAAGAAAAUCAGUAAGAAAACGUAUUUAUACUGCAUUUAGUUUCAUUUUAACCUCCGCGCACAGGAGAAAGUUUAUUUAUUACAUUUGGAUCGAAUUUAUCUUGUGUUAUGUUGCGCGACAGUGUCGUUACUGUUAAGCGACUAGAAUAAAUAUAAUCUAACAAUGUAACCUAACCAUAGUAAACGAAUCUACACAACGUCCACGACGUUCUGUAUUCGUCACAUAGCCAAUUUUACAAUCGGAAUUUGCGAUAGCAGUUUCGUGCUGCUGCUCGAGAAACCAAAUACAAUUUAUAACUUAUUUCGCAAGAAGUAUUCAAUAAAAGGUUACUUCAUAUAUAUUUCGUAAA